AUGAAGGCAUUGAUGUGCGCGUCACACUCCGCCUGCACCGCCACCACCCGCACCACCUGCGCCGCCUCCACGGCGCGCAUGGCCCGCACUGCGCGCUCCUCCUCCCUCCUGCUCUCCUGCACGGCACGCAUGGCACUGGCUGCCACGCCCCUCUGCUGCCGCCUGAGCUCCUCCCUGAUGGCGCGCUUGCCCUCGUACAGCCCCAUGGCCCGCACUGCCCCCCUCACCACGCCCCGCAGCGACCACCCCGCCUCCGCUGUGCCGCCACCACCACUUCCCACUGCCACCCCUGCUGCUGCCUCACCCUCUGCCACUGCUGCCACUGCUGGUGGUGUUGCUGCCACUGCUGCAGCUGCUGCUGCUGAUGGUGUUGGUGCCACUGCCACUGCUGCUGCUGCUGCUGCUGCUGAUGCCCCUCCCCACCACGGGCCUGGCCUCACCAUCUCCUCUAUCCGAGCCCUCGUUCUCAUCCUCAAUAUACCGCCGCUGCUCGUUUCGCUACAAGGCUUCAACGUGCUACAGCUCUUCCUCCUUGUGAACCUCAUCAACACCACGUCCUUCCUGCCUCUGCUGCUCGGCGUGCUACAAGGCCCCCUCUCUCGUGUCUGCAUCACCCCUGCCUCAUCCGCAACUGGCUGUGCCUCGGGUCUUCUUGCUCUUGUGGUCUGGGCCAAGGCACAGCAGCAUCCCGGGGAGACCUAUGUUGAGUCUUUGGCUAGGACGUUUCUAGAUGCAUACGAUUAUCCUCCCUAUCUGAUUGCUGUAGGGAUUUCCGCUGUGGGGAUGGCUGUAGGUGCGGGGUUAGAAUGGUUGGUUCGGUGUUAA